CCAGCUUAAGUUUCCAGCACCAGAGCAAGCUAAGUUUCCAGCACCAUAGCAACGAUGACAUCCAACUUCACGCCCAAUGUCUGGGCUUGGAUCGCCAGCCUGCCCCCAUUCACCCAGUGGCGCACCAACACCAUGUCCCUUUGCAUCUGCGCCACGCCAUCAUCAUCAUCUUCGUCGUCACAGCCACAGCCAUCGAUAAACCUCUCGGUUACGAAAACUACUUCCAUCGCACAGCCUCCUUAUGUUAUCUUCUCCGUCUUCGCAAACUACAGCAUGCCAGUUUCGCUGUGGAAGUCACAGCCAGUCCACCUGAAAACAAAGACGCAGCAAACUCUAGACGAACAGGAUAUCAUACACAUCUUCGUCAACAUCGUCAACUCCGUGCUGAAGUACUGUCCAGACAAGAACUCGUCGUUUCGGUUCCCUGGGGCACAGCCUCGUGGCAACUUCAGCGACGUGUUCAACAUAGCUUUCUUGUCCCUGGCCUUCCUGCUGUGCAUCUUCGAGGUCCCUCGCGACCUCCGUCCAGGAUGCUUGGGUUCACUAGGAGCCCAGCUCACUGGUUCGAGGUGCAGAGAUGCCGCAAAGAGCCUUGUGAGGAUGCUCGGUGCAAACCUCGAGGACCAGUGGAUGCAGACGAUGAACCUCGCAGUAACCAACUGGAUAGUCGAGCUGAGAUCCUCGAGCCGCUCGUCCGGCCCGCCGUCGCCGCUCUUCUCAUACGCCGUCUCAGCAAGCGGGCUCUGGAAGGUGCAGCUGUACUGCCCGGUCAUAGCCAUGGGUAUGGAGGAAGCUGCAGAGACACCACAGGAUGAGCGUCUCCUCUUCUCACUCAUUUAUCAACAAGUCGAGUGUGUCAUUCAGCUGGCCUAUAGAACGACAAGAAGGGAUAACUGGAUCGAUGUCGAGGUGAAGGUGGACAACGUAAGGUGUGAUGUGGACUCUUUGGUCUCCGAGACCCUUAUGGCGGAGCGUGGAUAUGGCUCCGAAGAGAAGCACUUCCCAUCUCGUGUGAUGCUGCAAAUCACACCUACGCAACAAUCUGAUGUGCUCUCUGUUUCUGUCGGCAAGUCCAACGACAACCCCACACACGAAUUCGGCAUCGAGAAGGGCUUUGAGGGUUCAUUUGAACCCCCAAACGCAUUUGGCCUGAAGGCGUCAGUAACUGAAAGCCUUACACUAGCCAUGAAGCCCUGGAAAUUCGAGCAGUCUGUGCAUGGGAACACUGCAACCUUGAACUGGUUUCUUCAUGACGGUGUCAAUGGGAGGGAGGUUUAUUCCUCGAAACCUUCAAAGAUUUCUCUGCUCCAACCGAAGGCCUGGUUCCGUGACAGGUACUCAAAUGCGUACCGCCCCUUCACAAAGCAGGGCGGUGUCAUUUUCGCACGUGACGAGUAUGGAGACAGUGUCUGGUGGAAGGUAUGUGGUGCAGCGUUAGGACAGACUAUGAACUGGCAAAUCCGAGGCUGGAUUUGGCUAACCUACUGGCCUAACAAACAACGGACCUUCCACAACGAAACGAGAUGGCUUGAAUUUAGAGAAUGCCUGCAGCUCCCCCUUACCAAGUUUUCAUAAACCACUUGUACUCUGAAAUGAAUGGCUGUAUAGCAGUGUAGAACCAUAGACAUCGAAAAAAUCCAUGCAUAUUUGGGGGGCACAAAAAAGAGUAUGAUACUCUAUUGUAACUGAAUGUACUGUUACAUCGAAAUGACUUCCUC